AUGCUGUCCCGCCGGGGCUGCAAACCUGAGGUCCUCAUCCUGACCGUGGUGGGGAUCGGCGGCCUCCUCUUCCUCUUCGUGACCAACGAGGGCGAGCACGUGAGGAAGGCUGUCACAAGAGUCAGCAGUACCAGCCCCUCCACUCCCACGCCCAGCGUCCCCACCACCCCGCGUCACGUCCCCGAGUGCAAGGAGAACUCCUCGGUGGCCGACAUCUCCGGCUUCGCUGACCUGCCCGGCCACAUCCAGGACUUCCUGCGCUACAAGCACUGCAAGGAAUUCCCCCAGCUGCUGGACGCCCCCGACAAGUGCGGGGGGGCCGAGGGCUCCCCAGGGGUCUUCCUUCUCCUGGCCAUCAAGUCGUUGCCCGGGAAUUACGAGCGGCGGGAGAUCAUCCGCAAGACCUGGGGGGAGGAGAGGACGUACCAAGGGGUCCGGAUCCGCAGGCUCUUCCUCUCCGGGGAGGCGGGGGAUGCGCGGGAGGCCUGGAAGCUGAACCGGCUGCUGCGGCUGGAGGCGGCGGAGCAUGGGGACGUGCUGCAGUGGGCGUUCCUUGACAGCUUCUUCAACCUGACCCUCAAGCAGGUGCUGUUCCACAGCUGGCUGGAGGCCCGUUGCCCCGGCGCCCGCUUCCUCUUCAACGGGGACGACGACGUCUUCGCCAACACGGACAACGUGGUGCAGUACCUGCUGGGCAUGCGGGGCGCCAACGACGGCGACGGGCACCUCUACGUGGGGCAGCUGAUCGCCAACGUGGGCCCCAUCCGCGAGAAGUGGAGCAAGUACUACGUGCCCGAGCAGGUCUCCACCACCAACUCCUACCCGCCCUACUGCGCGGGCGGCGGGAUACUCAUGUCCGGCUUCACUGCCCGCACCAUCUACAAGGAGUCGCUGGGCAUCGAGCUCUUCCCCAUAGACGACGUCUACCUGGGUAUGUGCCUGCAGAAAGCCGGGCUGGCCCCGGCCUCCCACAUGGGCAUCCGGACCGUGGGCGUCAGGGUGCCCUCCUCCAAGCUGGAGUCUUUUGAUCCCUGCUACUACAAGGAGUUGCUGCUGGUGCACCGCUUCGUGCCCUACGAGAUGCUGGUGAUGUGGCGGGCCAUUCACGAGCCGGACCUGCACUGCGGGAAGAAGCUGCAAGUCUAUCAGAGUGUCUGA